CUCCAUUUGGAACGGAUCGGGCGCAAAAGCGAAAGCAGCCUCAGUCCCCACCGGCCGCUGACCCCGAUCCCGCAGCCGACGCCGCCGUUCGUUCCCCCGCCGCUCGCCGCUCGCCGCCCUCGGCCUCGUGCCCCCUUCUUCUCGUUUCUCUUUUUCAACAAUCAAGAUGAGUCGUGGUGGAAGUGCCGGUGGUGGUCAAAGUUCUCUGGGCUACCUCUUUGGAGGUGGCGAGGGCCCAAAACCAGCAGUGGCACCAGCUGCACCAGCAGUGAGUGCUCCUCCUGCUGAGAAACCAGCUGCUGCAAAAGCUGAUGUGGCCAAGCAGAUUCCUGCUGGGGUUGCUAGCCAAACGAAUAACUAUCACAGGGCUGACGGGCAGAACACUGGCAACUUCCUUACGGACCGUCCUUCGACCAAGGUUCAUGCUGCUCCAGGUGGUGGCUCUUCCCUGGGCUACCUUUUCGGUGGAAACUGAUGUUGAUGCUGGUGCUCGCCAAGUUAUCCGCUGUGUUAUCUGAAUUGUGAACAACCGUUGUUGUCAUUUCAUGCAUGUGCCGUGGUCCGUGCUUGUGAUUUCUGUAUGGCAAACCUUCCGCAUGGGACCGCAACCUGUUGCUUAAUUCCAAGGCAAAUCGUAUGCCUGAACCUUGACAA